AUGAGUGAUUCAACUAAAAGAAGAAGAGUUCCUAUCUCUUGUUUGAAUUGUAGGAGGAGAAAGGUGAAAUGUGAUAAAGUCAAACCUAUUUGUGGAGGUUGUGUGAGAAAUGGAGUAGCGGAUUCCUGUGAAUACCUUGAUCCUCAUUGGAUUAAUAAUGGUGAUAACAGUAAGAAAGAUUUACCGAACGAUAAUAAAUUAACGGAGCUAGAGGCCCUUAAAGAGGCCAAGGCCCACAAUGAGAAGCUAUUAGCUAGUCAGCGGAAAGAAAUUGACGAUUUGAAGAGACAACUAUCAUUCAGUAAUCAGUUAAAUACCGACCAUUCUAAAGAAUCUUCAUCUUCAAGCCACCUUACCAUAGAUAUCUUGAAGAACUUGAACAUACCAGAUACAAGUGUUGUAGAAGUGAACAAAUUAAUCUAUUUGAGUCUCAAACCUGGUCAAAACCAAAAGCUUAUCAUAAAAAACAUAUAUUCUUGGAUAAGUAUCAUACGACUUGAUCCCAAAUUAACAUGUUUAUGGUCAAAAAUAGGGAAUAUGCAAAAACUAUAUCACUCUUUCAAGGUACGAAAGGAUUUACACGAUCUAAAUAAAUGCCCUGUAUCCAACAUACAUUUGAAAGAUGAACCAAACGACUGGGCCAACUCACCUGUACCACCAAUAAACAAGACCAUUACAAACUAUUCUCCUGAGGGAUUCCAUUUGAUGAUAUUGAUCCAGAAAUUGUUCAGGGCUUGUAUGGAAACGGUAGGGAAGCCAUUAACAUAUGACCAAUAUAAUUUCCUUCUUGAUUUUUACUUUAGAAGUCAGGAAACUUCAUCAAGACUCACUAGCUUUUUCAAAGAAGAGUUGAGACACAUUGUUCAACUUGGAGACGGAAAUCAUAUUCAAUUAGCAAUUAGUGCCCCCAGAGAGAUGAAUGGAUUACACAUUGAACUGCAUCAAGAGGAAACUAAAUCUAUACUUACCUUAUUAGGUAUGCUUCUUAUUGUACUCGAAGAAAGUUUGAAUCUUUUAAGAGAAAAUGUCAGAAACGGUUUGGAUAAUGCUGAAAUGUCCAAGUUCAAGGAAUACUUUCCUGAGGUGGAUGUCACUGUCAAUAAAAUCCCCGACAACUCCUUAAAUCUCGUUCAAGAGGUUAUACUAAAUUGCAUGGAAGGUGGGGUGCAAGAUGAAAGACCUUACGAGUCGUUGUCCAUAAUAGCAUGUAUUUUACUUGUCAUUCAUUGUGAUAUCUCUGAUCACUCGAGAGAUAAUUAUAAAGACUAUAACAUCAAAUAUCUAUUUGACAAUUUCUUACAUACUACUAAACAGUUGCUUAUCUGGAGAAGUCCCUCAGACCUCAUAUUGACGAAUUCAGGAAAGAAAAAAUCUAAAGAUGUCAAGAUCUAUAUGACUCAAUUGUGGAAUGAAAUUCUAAGAAUCAUGAAUUUGGCUUGCUUUUCUUUGGUAACAGUGAAGUUUAGUGAUGAAUUUGAUGAGUCUUUGAGAAAUGUUUUCCAUUUCAUUGACAAACACUCUCUUGAACACAUAAAUUAUCUUCAGGGCUUAAAGAACAAUGAUUUGGAAAGCUUGGUCUCUUCUUUGAAAAUCAAUACUUCGCUUAUCAAAGCUCAUAUCAAUUUACAAAGAGGAAUAGAACUAUCUAUGGGUCCUGAGUUGACCAUAGGAGACUUGGAUAUUUUGAGUAGUGAUUUAAGUAGCUGGACUACCGAUACCACCAUCAAAAAUCUUCCCAAUAAUCUCAGAGUCGAAUUUCGUAUAAUGGUUCAUCUUUCGAGUGCUUAUCUAAUGUUCUUGAUGUUUGUGCAAAGCGAACAGUCAAAAGACUUUAGCCUAAGAGAUCACAUAAGUGUAGGUAUUUUGGGUAAGAUGUCUUCGUUUAUUAAAUCAACUAAUAUAUUGAUAAGUACUUUAAAUGAAGAAAGGUAUCAAUAUCUUUUGUCAGGAAUUGUAGAACAAUUCACAGUCUGUGUACAAAUUAUAAUUGCUAUAUUAAUGAGACUUAUUAAUAGAAAGGUCAAACCACAACAAGACGAAUUGUACAAAAAAUUAGCUGCCAGUUGUAGCGUCUGUGGAAAUUUAUCGGGGACAUCUGGCAUGAAAGAGCUAUUCAAAGAACAAAUUAUGGAUUACAUUGAUAAGUUAUUAUCUAACUUGCAAAUUCAUUUAAAAGAGAAAAACCAUAUUGAGCAAUUGAUUACAUUGUGGAAUUUCUAUAAAAGUUUGAUCAAUAGCGUGGAAAAGUUCGAUAUCAAUUAUAGGAAGUACCAUUCCAAUGUACCAGAAUUCAAAAUUAUCGGAGGAGAUUUCAACAAAUGCCCUAUAUCCCACGCCGAACCAGGAAAGUGUCCCGUCGAUCAUUCCAAAUUUACCACAAAAACUGGAACAACGAACAAACCAGAAGUUUCUUCAUCAGCUUCUCCAACCAUCACUGAGAAAACUGCUACUGAUUUCCACAACGGCACCGAAAUGAAAGAAAAUGAUUUCUCAAUGUCUUUUGAUUUCAAUUUCGAAACAAUGAUGGAUUUACUUCCCAUGGAAAGUUCGGGCUUUUCAGCUAUGAAUUUUGAUUUCUUGAGAGACAGUUCCUUUUCUGAUUUAACAGCUUCGUUAAAUCUUGACUUCUUAGAUGAUGACCCUUCAACUAAAUUUUAA